UACACAUCAGAACCCGUUUGUGUACUCCCAAACCUCUAUCUCGGCGCAGAACACAAUGCCACAGAUAUCAGGACACUUCAGCGGCUGGGCAUCACCUUUGUCCUGAAUGUGGCAAUCGAAAUCGCACAGGAGAACUCAGAUGUGCAUUUCAAGAGUCUUGCCUGGACACAUCAUCAAAAAAGCCUGCUGCGCGACUUUCCGGCAGCGUUCGCACUCAUUGAUGAAGCAAUUGCCUGCAACAAUGGCAAGGGCAAGGCGCUGGUUCACUGUCAGCUGGGAGUGUCGCGUUCGGCCAGUCUGGUCAUUGCCUAUGUGAUGAGGUCGCUAGGCAUGGGUCUGACUGAGGCAUACGACUUUGUGAAGCAGCGGUCGGGAGUGAUCUCGCCCAACAUGAGCCUUAUGUACCAGCUGGCUGAAUACGAGAAGAGUCUCAAGAACCCUGGAGUCGUCACAGUAACGACGCCCGGUUCACCAUCGGACUCUACAUCAGCA